AUGGAUUCUAAAUUAUUUGAAGAAUUUGAUUACUUGGACAAAGAUCAGAAAAAUCAAAUGCUCAUUAAUAUGAAAUCAUAUAUUAAUCAGUUGCAAUCUUAGGUUUAAGAAUUGGAGAGAAGUGCCAUCGAUAUAAUCAUAGAAAAAGACGAGAAGAUUUUAUAGUUAGAGACUCUUCUAAAUUAGUAAUCGCCAUCCAAACAUUAUAACAAAGAUGAGGAAAUCCUUCAAUUGAAAGCGUAUCAUCAAUUAUUUUACACUAGCCAUAUAACAGAGCUCUACCAAAAGAUUGACGUAGAUUAAGCCUAACAUUAUGAGGAAUUAUAAGAAAUUGAUAGAAAAUGGAACACAUAUUUAUUAGAAUAGAUCCAAUUAAGUAGUCAAGAUGGGCAACAAUAAAAAGUUGAAAUGCUAGAAUCAUUGCUUAACCUUGAAAAAAAGAAUUAGAAGUAUGAUCAAGAAGUAUGCUUUAAGGUAAAUUCUAGCUGAAAAUUAAAGAGAAUCAAACUAUGAUUGACAAGAAUACUAUUAGUACUUUAAUUAAUAAAAUUCAAUAAUUGUAGGAUGAAUCCUAGGAACUCAACUAAUAAUUAAUCAAAAUGCAAAGAGAAAAUGAUUAACAACAAGAACAUUUUCAAUCGAAUAAAAAUGCACUUGAAAUCAAAAUCAAUGUAUUAAUAUCUACCUUAUCAAAGAAAUUAAAUAUAUUGCAAAAUCAAAGGGAAAAACAAGUCAUGACGCUGAAGACACAGAAUGCAAAAUUAAUUUAAACAAAUAAAGAACUAUUAAGCUAGAUCAAUGAAUUAAGAGAAUAACUUGAGAGAUAGACUGAAAUCAAAGAUUUAAGACAUUCAGAUAAUUAUCUUUUACAAUAAACAGCCAAUACAAUAGAUUAAAUAUAAAGAGAGGAAGUCAAUAUCACAGCUUUCGAAAUCUUUGAGGAAAGUUAUGAAGAAAAGGAUUAGAUGACUAAUUUGAGAUAAAUCCUAGAUGAAAAAUCAGAAUAGAUAGUUUAAUAUGAAGAAUGUAUUCGAUAAUCUACAAAAUAGAUAAAAGAACAAAGAGCACAAUUAUAAUUAUUAUAAUAUUAGCUCAAAUAAAUAAGAUAACAACAAUUCAACCAAAAAAAUCUCAAAGAGUAUAUAUAGGCUUUGGAAAGCGAUUUCUUAGUUUCCAAAUAAUUAUUAGCUGAAAAAGCAGAUCGCUAUUAGGAAUAAGUGAUAUUGUUGACUUAGGAGAAUUUCAAUCUCAAACAAAAAGUUAAAUGCUUUUAAUCCAGGUAUCAUAAGAAAAUUAAUCGAACUGUCGAUUGA